AUGGAGGAAACGAAGGAGCUGAUGACUGCUGUGCCGAUGGAAGAUCGAUCUGUGUGGAGACCGAAGCAUGUGCAGCGACAAAGAUCCAUGAUCCUUCCAUUCCAACGCCUUGUACUGGCCCUACUAUCUAUACUAGCUGCAUCCGCCAACCUUGCCGUCGUGAGUGGUUUGGAGGAAGGAGAAAAAGAGACGAACACAGAAACAUCGGAUGGCCUACCAGUACAAGAAUGUGGUGUCUGGUUGGCUCCCAGCAGUAUCCCUGGCGCUGGUCUGGGAAUGUUUGCGGGAAAAGAUUUUCGGAAAGGCCAAGAAUUGCAGCCAACGGGAGACAUUGUGAUACCCAUUGUCGAUAUCACAUACCAUCAAUAUGCACUGGGGAGUCGGUAUUUUCUGUUGUUUGACGAUUACAUUUGGAAUGCGCAUUUCCAGCAUAUGGACCAUCUUGGCUACAUUCACGUCAUGGUCUUCAGUCCAGGGAUUGGGUCAGCUCCAAACGCCUUUGCAGAUAUUGUCAAUGUCAAUGAGUUACAUCCAAGAAACAGUGACCCACAUGGGUUACAUCGAUCCAAGGAUCCAGGGGCAGGGGCCUUCUCAACCUACCAUGAUAGGAGGUUUCUCGCUUGUGAAGAUAUUCAAAAGGGAGAGGAGCUCUUUAUGCAUUAUGGUGAAACUAUUGGGGAUCUACGUAAGGCCGACAAGGUAUUCGAACGAUUCUUUGAAAUACAAAAGAAGCAUCGCAAGAUACCAGGGGAAAUAUUGGGGGAGCUGUGGGUCAGCUUUGUGGAGAGAAAUGAAUUCAACGAGUCAACAACCUUUGCGGCCUUUCAAAAGACAGAUGAGGAAUGGUACAUGUUACAUCAGCAAAUGACGCUGAAAGAGAUACGCAUUAAGGAAAGCAUGCGCACAGAUGAAUGGUUCCAUCAAUUUGGAACAUGUGCUGACAACCUGAUGGAAGGCGAGUCAACAAUCCGUCAGGCUGGAAGAGGGGCCUUUGCAACAAGACAUCUUGCAAAAGAUUCUGUGGUGGCACCAUUGCCUCUCGUACAUGUUGAAGACAGCCAUAUGUUUGACAUGCUUGAGUUUGAAGACAUCUUCACGUUGCAAACGGCAAAUGUCAAAUAUGGGGAGCAGCUUUUGUUGAAUUACUGCUUUGGGCAUGGGCGUUCAUCGCUUCUACUAUGUCCCUACGGGCCUCAGACCAGUCUGAUUAACCACAACCAGACCCGUGCUAACGUCAAAUUGCGCUGGGCUGAUCCAGCCAAGGGAAACCACAAGCCUGAGCUGCUGGAAAUGCCAAUUGAGCACUUUGCUAGGAAGAAGAAAACCAGCCUUGCAUUGGAGCUGGUAGCUCUGCGGGAUAUUCAGCCAGGGGAAGAAGUUUUCCUUGAUUAUGGUGAUGAGUGGGAAUCGGCUUGGCAAGAACAUGUGAAAACAUGGGAGGCAUACCCACAAGCCAAGGACUAUGUGUCAGCCCAUCAAUUAGAUAGUUCCCCUGAUAGGCUGCUUACUGAAUUUGAACAAAUGGAAAAUCCAUACCCAUGGAAUGUCAAUUUGCUUUGCAACAUCAAGUUCUACAAAAUGAUUGACUUCAGUCUCUUUCACCAGACUGGCAAAGUGGAAGUGACUGAUCACCAUACAGCAGAAUGGUUCACCUGUGAAAUAAUGAGGUUCCGAUUGAUCAAUGGACAAAUGCGCUACACUGCGGUGGCCAAGAUAAACGACAACAAGAGUGAGAAGCUGACAGAUGCGCCAAGAGAAGCUUUCAAGUUUGUGGACCUUGCAUACUCUUCUGAUAUGUUCUUACCCAAUGCUUUCAGACAUGCAUUGAUGAUACCAGAUGAUAUCUUCCCAGAGGCAUGGAAGAACUUAUAG